CUGGAAGUUUUAGCGUAACUGUUCCGGAGAAGGUGUAAUUAGUCCAAGAAACAUUAUAUACAUGGUCUCCUUAUGUAGUUAACCUAGGGCUUAGCUAUAAUAUACUAGUUGGCCUCAAACUUACUAUAUAUAUAGCCCAGGCUGGCUUGAACUUUGCUCAGCUUCUGGCAUGCUAGGAUUGCAGGCAUGCACCAACAUACCCAUUUUGAGACAAUAGUUUUUAUUCCUCCUUUCCUUUUAGGCAGAAAAACAGUGUUAAGGGGAGGAAAUCAAAUUCAGGAUGGUGUCCUUGAAAGAAAGAAGGACUAGGUUUAACAUCAUUCCUUUAUUUCUGGCUUCUCAUUCCACAUCAUGAUUGACAUCUGGUUUUCUCUGGACAGUAUCACUUUGAGGACUCUAACAAUCUCCCAAACUAUGCUUCAUUUCCUUUCCCAUUAAUAGCUACUUAUUGGGAAUGGGGGGCAGUCUCUAUUGUGACACAGAUACCCACUGAUGUAUUUGUGCUCUGUAAAAGAUAGAAAUACAGUGAAUCUGCAUCAUGAUGCUAUGAGUGGUUCCCAUGAGAUUCUGUUCAUGAAAAAUGCAUCUGAAGUUAUGAAAUCUAAAGCUGGGCAUAGGACUAUUAUGGAGAGUUUCCUUGCCACCCCAAACUCUGAGAACUGUACUUUAUUUACAUCUUUUAAAGAGCAGAGAAAUAUUUUUGACCUAGUUUGUAGAAUAAAAAUUUACAACUAUGCCUCUUACAAAAACAGGCUUCUGUGACAUCCUGCUUAAGUGAAACAGGGAGCUAGAUGGAUGGCUGUUGUUUGCUUUCAGAAAGUCGUGAAACUACACUCAAUAUUUUUCCUAAAAUGAAAACCCCUUUCUGGAUAAGCCUCAGUAGUAUAAAUAACUUUUAAAAUAAAAAGACAGGUAUUUCUUUUACCCUUGUAACAAACUUAGUCUCAUUUUAGAAAGCCAUAUACAUCAUUGAGAAUCUUAUUUAAAAUGUAAACUGCUUGGGAGUGGUUUUUUAUCUGAAGAAUAUGGCAUGCAUGUGUCUGUUUCACUACUUUUCUGCCAAAAUCAUGUAUCCUUAGGUACACUUUUACGCAUUUUUCUAUUGCUAACACACUACCAUUGAAUACUGCUUUGUAUAUGCAAAAGAGAGAAAAACCAAUGCCCAGCCUCCUACAGUUCUCAUCUCAUCUCCCCACAGAACAAACUUAGAAUUCUUGAGUGCUUUGCCAUAGAAAGUUAGCAUUACCUAGGCUUUGCCUGAAUAUCACUUCAGUUUCAUUUUCAGAAAGUUUAAGAUGCCAUUUGAUAUGUGUAGGUUUACAAAUAGAUAUGUAUGAGGUUUGGUUCUGGUUGGUGGUUGCUAGUCCCAGGUCACCUUGCUCACUAGUGAGUUCAUCCAAACCUCAAAAGUCACACCUGUGUCCUGUGCGCGGAUGCUGCAGGCUUAGGUGGAGAAAAGCAGGGCUAGAAUUGGAACCCAAAGCCCAGAAUGGCAAGAGAGGAUGUGGGGGCUCCACCCGAUCAUCUCUGGGUUCACCAAGAAGGUGUCUACCGCGACGAAUAUCAGCGCACAUGGGUAGCUGUGGUGGAAGAGGAGACAAGUUUCCUAAAGGCUCGAGUCCAGCAAGUUCAGGUUCCCUUAGGUGAUGCAACUAGGCCAAGUCACCUUCUUACUUCCCAACUACCUCUCAUGUGGCAACUCUACCCAGAGGAGCGCUACAUGGAUAACAACUCUCGCUUGUGGCAGAUUCAGCAUCAUUUAAUGGUCAGGGGAGUACAGGAAUUACUGCUUAAACUUUUGCCUGAUGAUUAACCUGGUGCUGGAAUUCUAGGAAGAUAUGUUCCUCUGUUCUAUUCACACCAUUCACCACUACAGUGCUCCUACCCUUGCGGGCUGCAUGGGGAGAGGGUAGUUUGAAAAACUACAGAAGUUUAGGAAGGGUCAUGAAGAACACUGCCAAUGACACUACAGAGAGGGUUACACAGGGAAGAAAUCAAGCCAACAAAAGCAUUAGUCAGGAAAUGUAACUUGAAAUUGACUCCUCUGGAAAUUGCCAUAGAACCUUUAAUGGACUUCAUCGGUUGAACCUGGGAUCUGGUGAAUCCCACAAAAAUCAGCACAUGCUACAGAACAGAUGCCCUCAUCACCAAGGACUUGGUACUGAUUUAGAGAGAAGAGAGCAGCUUCUAGCAGCAUCAACAUGUAUUUGUUGCUUAUUUCCCCUGCAGCAAAUCACCUGUCUUUCCUUCUUCCAUUCUGUAAAUAUCUGAGGUUUUGUCCUAGUGUUUCCCAUCCCAGUACUGACCUAAUUUGGAUCUACUGAGAUCUUAAGGAGUUCUGGGAGAAAAAGGUUAUUUGUACUUAUAAAAUUAGUUUCAAAGGCUCCUGUGCCUUUCUGCUUUCUGAAACUGUGUCUUUGAAUUGUUUUUACAAGUUUCUCAUCAAAACCUUGUGAAUCUAAAUUCUUUGAUUACAAAUAUUUUAUAUAUAUGGCUUCUAUUUGACCUCAAUAGAUAAUGUUAACUUUAAUUGGCACUUUUCUCAAGAGGUAAUAGCAACUAACAUUGCUAAUUCCAGGGAAAGUGUUUAUUUUACUUGUAAAAUUUUUCCUGAAUUAAAGCAGUCAUGACAGUUUAUGUACAUUAAAGUAAGGUUUUGCUUUUUAAAAUGUCUUGGGCCCAGAGCAAUGGUGCAUGCCUAU